AGAAAAAUUGUCCUGAAGUGCCCACUAGCAGUAAACAAACAAUGAAAGCAAAGGUCCUCUUUCCAAAACGGAAGUAUACUGCAAAUGUCCAGAGGAAAAAAUGCAAAAACCUGCCGAUACGUCCACUUCAUGCUGACUACGAUUUUUACAAGAAGCCACUUAUGAUUGACGAUGAACUUUUGUCCUAUGAAAGAUUUGGGUACCCUCUUUACCACUUGUUCUACAAAAUGAACACGACACAAAUGGAAGUGGAGAAGGAAACCGAAUACAUUGGGGACCCUCUUGACCACUUGUUCUACACAAUGAAUAUGACACAAAUGGAAGUGGAGGAGGAAACCGAAUACAUGGAAUUUUAAUACUUUCUGGCACCUGGAGGAGUUCCAUGUCUACUCAGAAGCUACUAUUUUUUAUCAAUUUAUUAUUAAAAGAACAAACAUUUAUUUUUAAGAUAUAAAUAAGCAAACACUACUUUCAAUAAUGAUAUAUCCACAGACCAAAGGAAAUAUAGGCUGAGUAGGCUCAUGUAAGAGACACUACAGAAGCUUAACCUGAACCAUGCACACCCUUAUUGGUGAUAACAGUGAACCGAUGUCCAAAAACUAAUGCUAAAUUUUAAUUAGACGUGUUUCAUUAACAUUGCCGUGAAAUAAAAUUACAGUUGUAAUUUAAUUCUUACAUUUCACACUCUUGUACAAAGAUAUAUUGGCACCAUGAUAAACAUUUUUUAAAAUCUAGUUUGCUGUUCAUUAUUGAUCAAAUUAACGUGAAUAUCACUAACAAAACACUUCUUAAUACAAAAACACAUAAAAGUCUAUCUGCGAGGAUAUUUUUGUUUAUUUAUUUGUAAUAUUUGUCAGCGGGAAAGUUGUUGGAAAACACUCGAAAAAAAUCGUUUUCUGUAUAUUUAUUUCAAUAACUGAGCAGUUUGCUACAAAUCACAUCAGAAGUGGGAUUCAUGAGUAGCUGCCAAAGCUCCGUCCCGACAUUAUCAGCCAGUAACGUGCAUCAAUUAAAUUUUUUGCGGACUAACCUAUGAGUUGUCUGCAAUUAAUUUAUUGUCUUACUUACAUGUGCUAACUAAAAUGAAGACAAAAUAUGUAAACGCUAAUUUUACCUAUGGUACUAAUUGAUUAUUUAAAUGAAAUAUCGGUUCCAUAACAAACCUGUUGAAGUUGAAAAAAUAUGAAAGUGAUUAUAUGAUGUAAUAACAUGAUAUUUAUGGGUAGUUAAUGAAAAAAGUGUGUAUAUUUUAUUAAGUUUCAUAUAGCACAGAACAAAGUAAAAUUACAUCAAACCACAUUAAAAAUGAUAAAGUUAUUGUUAGUUAUACUGCAUUAAUUGCAUAUUGCAAAUAUAACACAUUUGUUAUUAUUUUCAAAUGAACUAAACUACAAACACAUUUUUGACGUGUACACAAUAUUAGUCUACUGUAUACUGUAAUAGUGGGCUUCGGCAUUCGCUAGUUUUGUAUUUACCCUCCACCUUAUUGAUGAAAACGUUCUUAGAUGACUUUACCUACCACUUGCCUAUGGUCCUUAUAUUCCUUUCUUUGGUCUGUAUAUAUAUCAUCUAUGUUUUCUGGUUUGAGCUGCAUAAAGAAACUGCUAACAAAGUUUAAGUUUCGAAAUCUAGAAAACUUAGAUAAUAGUCAUAACUAACCACAUAAGCGUAAGAGUGUAGGAUAAUGAAAUAAUUUUAUGUUAGUUGACCUUAUGGUUUUUUUAGCUCAUUUUAAGGAGCUCACAAUCGUCAGAUGUUUUUAUCUAGUACUUGUGUUGAUAAUGUUUUUCCACUUGGUUAUAACAAUCGAUCAAAACUUAUGACCUAGAAUGUGAUAGAGGCGAAACUCUCAGACAACAGAGCAUCAUUGUUAACAUUUAAAAAAUCUUAAGUGUUGUCUUCUGAAGUAUUUCCGAGAAGAAAAGUACACUUUCCAGUUGUAUAUUUUCAGAAAAUUUACAGCUGAAAAUAUUUUAAAAUUAGAAUUUCUUUUGCGUCACUCAAAAGUGACGAUUCUGCCUUUUGAGUACCAAUUCCAACGCUGAUAGCUUUUGAAAUAUUUCUUUUGGUAUAUUUCAGGAACCUUUUCAAAGACUAUUUAGGGAAAACAUCCCCAACCAAAUAAGAAAAUAUGGGUUAUUAAAGAAAUUAAAAUAUCAAUAGAAAAGAAUGCUAUAUUCUGAAUCUAAAUUGAAUAUACUGUAGUUAUUGGCAUAUUUUAACAAUUACAGAAAGGUAUUUAGAAAAGUAAUUAUAUUUACUAAAAAAUGUGAGAAUUAAUCAAAAGGUACAUAAUUUAUUGUCAAAAAAGAAUUAAGAACGAAAAACAGAUAAUGAAUACCCUUUGAAAUUACAGUACCAAAUUAAGAAAAUGUGAACCAGACUAUUGAACAACUUGCUAGCAACUUCAAUUAAGGUUUUACUGACGAUCCCUAGGCAUCUAACAGCAACAAGCAAACUAUUUGGAAUGAUAUAAACUUUAAGAAAUAAUAAAAAUAACUUUACAAUCUUUAAACUUUUAAAAAGAAACGCUUUGAAGUAAAAAAUAUAUAACUGGAGUAAAUAAUAAAGGCCGUGGAAUGGGAAGGCCCAUAUAAAUUUAAAAAAAGUCUGAAUAAAUUAAACAUCCGUUGUGUAAGUGAUUUAUUUUGUCUCUUUGUGAAGGAAUCCAUAUGAAAAACUUAAAUUUGCUGAUAUCAAACGAACUUUUUUUAAAGGCAGCGUUAAUGGUCUACCCAGCUACGGUUCAGUAGCCUUGUAGUCGUCUUUUUCUAAAUCAUAUUAAAAAGUUGUAGAAGCUCUACUAAUACAAAUGAAUUCAUAAAUUCUUGUCAGAAUUGGUUCAAGAAGCCAAUGAGCACAACAAAGCUAUUGGUGAUAUUGUUGACUAGAUAUCAGCGACCUUGGACUGGUCUCGGAGAGCUGUUCUCUGUGGCCUGUCCAUCAAUGGUUUUGCUUGUGUAAACCAAACCAACUGAUAGCGAAACUAAAUAAUUGGCAUAAGUAACACAGAAGCAAGUUGGUUUUCCUCUAAUUUAAGUAAAAGAAAAUAACGGGUUAUUUAAAAUACGUACAGCAAUAACUGUAUGUCACCGCGGAAGAACCUUGUUUGUGAUGUUCCACUGGGUUAUAUCUUAGGAUCUUAUCUUUUUAACACGUAUGUCAAUGAAAUAUGUUGUAUCACUUGAGGUAAAUUACAUCAAUAUACGGAUGAAAAAACACUAGUCUGCAGCAGGCCAAAAGGGUCCCAUAUUGACAAAUGUGAAGGAAGAAUUUGAGUCUCUUAAGAUCUGGUUCUCAGUAAGUGGUAUUGUAAUGAAUACAUAAAAUACAAGUAAUUGAAUUUAAAACAUACAAUUAAAAUUUCUAGUUAAAAACUUAAUUAAACAACAAAAGUAUAGUUUUACUGAACUCUGUACUAUUUCACGAGGUCGAAAUUGACAGCAAGACAUUGGUAUUCCUAUAUAAAAGUCUGCAACGAGAUUAUGAGGUUAAGUAAGUGGUAGAGAGGACUUUAUAGUCCUAACUUCGCCUCUAAUAAAGACAUUUUUCAAUAAUAUUCUCUCCAAAAGUUCUUGUCCAGUUAACCACAAUAAAUACACAGCUCGCGGUUUAUCAUGUUUAUUUUGUUUUAAAUUAUAGAAUCCUUGCAUGGGGAAAUGUAGGUCAUUCGAAAACCAUUUUUAGAGUUUAAAAAGGCAGUAAAUAUUCAUGCAAAGUUCCCACCAAGCACUCCAUGGUAGGUAACAUUUAUUAAUCUUAAAAUUCAAAUAUUGUGUAGUAUCUAUUUAUUGACAUUAACGUGCAUUAUCAGAUUCAAAAUGUAUGUUUUUUAUUUAAGGACAAUAUACCCAGCACCAGAACACCUAACAUAACUAAACCUCCACAGUAUCGGCUUAAACUUUUUAAAUCAUUUAAGAAAUAAUAAAUCCCUUACAAAAUUUAAAAUAGAAUUUCGGAAAUGGCUUCAGAGGAAAUCAUUGCAUCAGAAGAAUAUUUUAGUAUGUAAAUAGUUUUACUUUUCUGUUUUUGUAAUCUUUAGUUUAUAAAACAAUUAAGAUUUUAUAUUGUGAAGCAACACUGUACGUUUUGUUAUAAGAACUUGACUAGAAGUCACCAGUAAUGUAUAUGAUUUGAUGUGUUACUUUAAAGUAAAUAAAUAAAUAGUGUAAUUAAUUAUAUUACAUACAAUAUACCCUCGUCACUAAGAAUUGUUUGAUUGUUUGCUAUUUUUUAUCUACAAUUUUACUAACUUUAUGAAAAAAAUCAGAGUAAAGCUAAGCUUACUAGUAGAAUGAAAUAAGAAGAGCCAUUUCAAGCUAUACGGCAAAUGAGUUAUGUUUCACUUUCAUAUAUUUUUAAUCUUUAAAUUUGAUUAGUUAUAUAACUAAUUUUUUACAAUUGUAUUAAAUGUUAUACUUGAUAUUUGCCUGAUAGCAAAAUAGAUGGAGAAUAUGUUACUAUUACUAUUUAGUGAAAAAAGAAAUAAAAAUUCAUAAUAAAAUAAAUAAUACAAUAAAAUAAAUAAAAAUACUUUAGUGUUAUAAGUUGUUAUUGAGUAUUAAAAUAGUGUUAAUUUUUUACUGUUAAAAAACAAAAUAAUUUUAUAUAUCAAUAUAAGUGUAGUUCAUGUUUACAGGCCUUUAUACGUAUUAAUUAUUACAUUUUGUUCAUUGCUUAA